CUUGGUUAUGGACACAAAUGCAAGUCCGUUGGGAAAGGCAGCGGUAACGAUGCAAUAGUCACCAGCAAUCCCAUGACAGUUCAACAGCUGGGACCUCUUUCACCUACAGUGAAUCAGCUUUCAACAGCAUGCAGCCAGAUCAGCCCUAGCUUACAAAGGUCUAUGGAUGCUUCCAGCCUGAGUGCUUCUCCAUCAGAUACAAGGUCACUCUUGUCAUGUGAGUCUCUGGCCUCCACAACGUUAAGCUUGUCAGAUGGUCACUCCCCUUUGAGUGUUGAACAAGAGUGGUCACAAAGGUACAGGACACUUUCUUCUGUUCCUCCUGACCAUGGUUUACAAAAUGGCAGUGAGCUGGGGGACUUAAUAAAUUUUUCACCUGAAGCAUCUAUGUCCAGUAACUCAUUACCGUUCUACUUAUAUGGCAUGGAAAAUAAGAAUUCCUCGUACUCUAGUCCUUGCCAGUCCUCAGUCUGGUCUCAAUCAGCCCGCUCCAAGAAGAAAACACUCUCUCUAUCUCCUCUGUCUGACGGCAUUGGGAUCGAGUUCAAUACAAUCAUUCGUACAUCCCCAACUUCCCUGGUGGCCUACAUCAACAGCUCCAGGACAUCUCCAGCAAACGUCUCCCCACAGCCUGAGGUCUACGGACAUUUCUUGGGAGUGAGAGGAAGCUGUAUACCCCAAAACUGCUCUGUUUCAACUGCCCAGAAAGGCUUCCAUAUGGCGAAUGGCAAUGUUGCUUUUCCAGGGUACGUUGAGAACAGGACAGGUGAGUACCAGCGGAUGCAGCAGCUGGAGCAAGCCAGCUUGCAGAUGGUUGCCACAAAUAACAUGGUGAUCCAGCAGAGUGUGCUGCCCAUGGACAGCCAGGUAAUGGGCAUCCUGAAAAAUGAACAGCUAGAUGAUUUCUCAGGCCCUAUUGUUGACAUGCCUCUUUCACCCCUGGUGCUGCCACCGCCUCCUCCACAAGGGCCACCCCCACCAUACCAUGCUCACCAGCACCCGCACAGCCUCCCCAGCCACAUCCACCCGAUGCAGGUGCUGCCUCCUGCCCCAGGUGCCCUGCUGGAGGAAGAUGGUGAGCUGGAUGAUUUCAAUGUCAAGCAUGGCUGUUGCUGGGUUGACUGUGGGAAGAUGUAUGACCAUCAAGAGGAGCUUGUGCGGCACAUAGAGAAGAUCCACAUAGACCAGAGGAAGGGAGAGGACUUCACCUGCUUCUGGACAGGGUGCCCUCGAAGGUUCAAGCCAUUUAAUGCCCGUUACAAAUUGCUGAUUCACAUGAGAGUCCACUCAGGAGAGAAGCCGAACAAGUGCACGUUUGAGGGUUGCAAGAAAGCUUUUUCCAGACUAGAAAAUCUCAAGAUUCACUUAAGGAGCCACACGGGUGAGAAGCCAUACCUUUGCCAGCACCCUGGCUGCCAGAAAGCAUUCAGCAACUCCAGCGACCGCGCCAAGCACCAGAGGACACACUUGGACACUAAACCUUAUGCAUGUGAGAUUCCAGGAUGUACUAAGCGAUACACAGAUCCAAGUUCCCUGAGAAAACAUGUGAAAGCCCAUUCGUCCAAAGAUCAACAAGUCAGGAAAAAGUUGCGAUCAAGCUCAGAGAUUGGCCAGGACAUCCUGAAUGACUGCCUUGCAAUCCAGCCCCUCCAGCCAGCCCUGUCACCACAUGGUGCUGUAGAUAAUACCAUGGCACACUCCCCAGAGCCUGCUUGUGAUAUUUACCCAGCAGCUGUGAUCCCCAGCACACAGAUAAAUCAAAGUGGAACAGCAGCUGGGGCAGUGUCCUUGUCCCACCCUGUCAGCCACUCUUCUCCAGGACAUAACAUACAGGGCAGUCCUCUGCAUCCUCCCCAGAUACCUCUUCUCGCAGCUGCAGACUCAGAGAGGUUUGUUGCUCCAGCUCCUUCUCCUCAUCACAUCAGCCCCCAGGGAAUGUCCAUUCAACAGCCCAUGAUGCAGAGACAGGCUCCACAACCUCCUCAGCUUCCACAGCUUGCAGGGAUGUCUCUGAAGACCUACCAAUCAGCAGAAAGCCCUUCUUUUCAGCCAAAUGCCCUUCACAUCCAGGGUUUUUAUGGGCAGCUUCAAACUUUCUGCCCUCCACACUAUGCUGACACUCAGAAGAACAUACAAGACAGUGUUUCUUGCAAUAUGGUUCCUCCUGUUGACUGCUCAGCUCUCACAUCAGCGGGCCAGGCAGGGCUUGGCAUUCUCCAUCGAGGUUUUUCAGAUCAUUCUGGUAUCAAAGUGUAUGACUUUCCAGCAGGGUCUGUAGGUAUCUUUGGUGAUUCAGCUUGCAGCAUGUCAGAGGACACCAGUUUCCUACAAGUAAAUGCAGUGGAUGAUUGUUCCAGCCAGCUUUCUUCUGUAUUCACUGAAGGCUAAAGUAAUGUAUAUCUAGUUACAACAACUUGACUGUUUCAUCUUGCCCUUAUGUUAUUUUCCUACAAAUUUUUUCUCUCCAUGAAGCUGCCAUGUAUGUAUGGGGAUAUGACUAGAUAUACAUACAUAAUGGAGAGGAACAAAGCAAUUACCAAGCAUUCUUCAUUUAAUCAAGAAGACAACUGAGAUGGAGAAUGUUUGGAGAAAGCAAGCUUUGCCAAAACCUUAGCAAUUGUUUCUUCUCAUCUGUGGUACAGAAACUGUACUUCUAAAAUUAUUUCUUCUUUUAAUUUCUCAAAGGGAAUUCAGAGACCAAAUAAGAAAACUGGUUGUUGGCUGAAAUCCUUUCAAGCUGAAUGGGUAAACUUAGAGAAGAACAUAGCUUUAGAAAAUUCCUUUUUCAAAAAAGGAAAGAAGCAACACCAGAGCAUACUAUAAACAUUUCAAAGGCAUACGGUUUUUGCACAACCUGUCUGCAUGUGAUAGUUCCAAAGUUUAACAAACACCAGUAUCCAAAAGAGAGAGAAAUUAGAAAUAUAUGCUGGCACUACCUAUUGGAGGCAUUGAUGUGGCUUCUUUCUGGAUCUCUUUGUUGGUAGAGUAUUUCUUACAGGCCUCAGGUUAGGUGUCCUUUCCUUCCCUCUUAAUUUUAAGCCAUAAAGUGUGGCUAUUACUGUUUUCCCAAUAUUCAUUCUGAUCUUUUAAGCAUGAAUAAGAAGGUUUAAAUACACAAGUUACUUGGACUUUGUCUCUAUUUAACAUCUGCGAAAUAAGCAUAAAUGUAUUUUAACUUUCAGUUGCUUUUUAAUUAGAUUGUAGAUUGUUGCUGUAUGUACGAUAGUCUUCUACAGGAAGGUUUAAAAUAUUUUGCAGGAAAGAUUCUUCCUUAAAUUCCACAUAUUUUUUUAAAAAGCUAUCCGUACUGAUGCAAUUAAAUUUUGGUUGUCCUAGUCUUUUUCCAUAACACAUUUUCAGAAAGAACUACUCUAAGUGUGCUAUGUUUCAUCUGGUUACUUAGAGAGAUAAAACUGGACUGGUAUGGUGGUUUUGAUUUUUCUGUCAGACUCAAGGUCCUCAAAUUUAGUCCAGGAUGCAAGCAAAUUAGGUUGUCCUUCAUAAAACACACAAGGUUAUAAGUUAAAACCAGUAUUUUGAAAUUGAGAUGUCAACACUGUGAUCCUGUAUAAUUUGAGAACAACUCUUAUAUUAGUAAGACUGAGUUUUUAGGUUUCAAUUUCUGUUCAUGCAUUUUGUGGAUUUCUUACUGUGUAGCGUGCAUCUUAAUAUUCUCAUGACCUGACAGAGUACGGACAUAAAAGUUCAUUCUUACAGUCUGGACCAUAACUAUGCUUCUGAAAUCACUCUUCUAAAAAGAUUAAAAAAAAAAGGUUUAUACGAACUUUUAUUUUUUUUUUCCCCUGGCAAACUUUUGAGGGUCUUUAAGACCAAUUUGGCUCAAAUUCAUAAUUUAAUCUGCAAUUAUAUGGAAUAGUUGAAUUUAUGUUCAGAUGUUUGUGAAUACUGGCAAUCUUUUGAGGUUUGUAUUCAUUAAGUAUAUUUUUAUGUGCAGUCAUGUGCUUAAAUUUUUAAUGGAGAGGUUUUCAUCGGAUACAUAGAAUAUAUGGAUAAACCAUGCACAUAAUUGAAGUACAAUGAGAAGCAAAGUGACUAAAAUACAGCUAAUUCUGUACUAAGUUCUUCCCCCAUAUAUUUUGCUUCCCCCAUGACAAGAGAAUGUAUCCGUCUGCUCCAACUUGCACUAAGGGGUCUAGAUGUUACCAUAUGUGAUUUGCAUUGGUUUAAAUGACACCAGGCAUCCUUCAUAGCUACACAUGUCCAAUCAAAAAGACAAUGCAUAAUGUGCAUUGACCGCAAGUUUUGCUUUUUAAUAAGGCUUUCAUUUUGUACUAUCUUAAAGCCCGUUCUUUGAUCACUGCACAAGAGUAACUUGGUUCAGUACGAAUAAGAAGUCACACUGAACACUUCCAUUUCGAACGUGUGGAAUUGUGUUUUGUUCCACCGAAGUCAGCAAGGGCAGGAUCAGACUACAUGUGGACAUACGUAUGUACAUAGACAUGUAACUGUAUAGUUUCUUAAAGAUAGAUUCUUUAAAAUUAUUUUAACCACGUGAUUGUCCAGAUACUGUCCAUUGCUGUUUACAAAACUGAAAUACUGUUGCUGUCUUCGGAUCUGUACCACCUUGAUUUUUGAAAUGUUUUUUUUCUAGUAUCUGAAUGUACAAGUUCUUCUGUAGAGCUGGGGGAUUAUACAUUUUGAAACAUGCUGACCAAAGGGAAGGUGGGAGUACAGAAUUCAAAAAGGGCAUUUUUAACUUGGGGGUUCAUCAGCUGCAUUUCAAAAAGGAAACUUCUGCAACUCAUUAAUUUAUUCUUACACAUACAUAUAAUAUAUAUAUUUACAGCUUUCUAUGAGCUUAAUCCUAAAAAUAAGGCCCUAGAGAACACUCAAAUCAAGCACAUGAAUGUGGGCUACCAGUCUGUAAAAAGGUAUGCCUUUGUUUACUUCUCAUUCAGAGACAGAUAAUUUUUCACUAUCAUUUCAUUAUUCUCUUUGGAGUUGGACUGACUUCAAGGCAUCAGUUUAAUCACUGAGGGCAAUUGCAUAAAAAGCCCCAUUGUAUCUCAUUUAUAUUGGAUAUUUAGAGAGGGAAUCCUGUUUGUCACAAUCAGAAAUGGUGCUUGAGAAAAUACAAUUUUGUGGGUUAUCUGCAUAACUGAGUUAUUUGCAAAUACUUGUGUCUCAGUGAGUUUUGUAUUGUUAUUCUACCUGCUGUAUUGUUAACUUUCUAAAGGGAUUCAUAUCUAAGAGAUGAAGUGAGUUUGGACUGCGGACAUUAAACAAUAUUCAAAAGAAAUUAUUUACAAUUAUUCUUUUAUACAAUUCAACUGUUUCCCGACUCAGUGGUCUAUCUAUAUUUGCAUUAGAAAUGGUUCUACACUGGAGUUUAAAAUACAGUUUCAAAGUGCAUGUGUACAAGUGGAAGUGUAUGAGAGUGCAUGUGUGUAUUUGGGUCUCCCUUUCUAUGUGUGCAUACACACAAACAUAUAGGCAUUGUGGUUUACUACUACCAGAUGCUGAAGAAUUGCAGUGCUAAUGCCAUCUGUCACACUGUAUAUUGUUUUCAGCUUUUCUUGAAAAGGUGUUAAUGAGUAUAAAAAUUACAUUUUAACUGUUUAUUCCCUGUUUUCCCUGUGUAAUUUUAUAGCAGAUUUUUUUAAAUGGCACUUUUUUCUUGUUUGUAUGAAAUUUUGUUCUUGGUUUGGGGCUUUGUGUAU